UCUUUUACAGUAACCCCACAACGUCUCUAGCAAAGAUGGCGGCUUCCAUAAUUGAGACAUGCCAUGUAGCAUGCAGCGCAAAUAGGACUCCAAAUGUUGUUUCUUGGGGUCGGGGAGGGACUGUGGCUUUCGGGACGUGCAAUUCAGUGGCCUUGUACGAACCAAAGGAAAGAAGAGUUGUCGCUUUGCUGAAUGGACACAAAGGGAGAGUAAAUGCAGUCAAGUGGGUUCACAAGAAAGACAAUGCAUCAGAGCGUCAUGUCGUCUCAGGAGGUUCAGACAAUCGGAUCAUCCUCUGGGAAGCUCAACCUGGGAAGUUCGUCCAGUCAGUGGAGUGUAAGGGCCACACUGGUCCUGUCAAUGCUGUGGAUGCCGUCUACCUGGAGGACUCUAAGAUCCUCAUUGCCUCUUCUUCGUCCGAUUCCACAGUGAGAUUAUGGCUCUGCAGUGACGACAAAGAAGUUGAGUGCCUCCAUAAUGUAUCAUUUGGAAGCAGUUUCAUGAUGGAUGUCUCUCUAGCUCUGUUGCCCGGCACUGGAGUUCCCAUUCUGGCCUGCGGGGGUGAUGACUCUCGGGUGCAUCUGUAUGUGCAGGAGAGCGGUCAGCUGCAGAAAGCCAUGUCACUGCAAGGGCAUGAAGACUGGGUUCGUGGAGUGAAAUGGGCAUGUACUGGGGACGAGCUGUUAUUAGCCAGCUGUUCACAGGACUCUCUCAUCAGAGUGUGGAGGCUCUGUGCCAAAUCUGGCACAGACACCCACACAGAAGAUGAUCACACCGUCAUCAAAAUGAAAGAGGACGUUUUUGAAGUGAAGGACAGAGGAAUGGUCUCAAGGUUUGCAGUGUCCCUUGAAACUGUCUUGGCAGGACAUGAGAACUGGGUUUAUGGAGUCAGCUGGCAGCCCCCUGUCUAUAAAGGUGGUGAGCUGCAACAGCCUCUUAUUCUACUCUCAGCCUCCAUGGACAAAACCAUGAUCAUCUGGGCUCCUGAGGAAGGAUCUGGUGUCUGGGUGGAGCAGGUGCGUGUCGGGGAAGUAGGUGGAAACACUCUGGGCUUCUAUGGCUGCCAGAUGAGUCCGGAUGGCUCGAUGAUUCUGGCUCAUGCUUUCCACGGAGCACUACACCUUUGGUGCAAGGAUCAGGAUAAAGAGAGAGGGUGGAGACCAGGAGUUGUGAUAUCAGGUCACUUUAAUGCUGUUCAAGACCUGAGCUGGGAUCCUGAGGGGGAGUUCAUCCUCAGCGUGGGCUCAGACCAGACCACCAGACUGUUCACUCCAUGGAGGAAGCAGGACAGCAAACAGGCAACCUGGCAUGAAAUCUCUCGGCCUCAGAUCCACGGUUAUGACAUGCAGUGUCUGGCCAUGGUUGGGGGGUUUCAGUUCGUAUCUGGAGCUGAUGAGAAGGUCCUCAGAGUGUUUCAAGCGCCUCGAAAUUUUGUGGAGAACUUUGCUAGCAUCUCUGGGAUUUCAAAAGAAAAGCUGCUUCAAUCCAGUGGCUCAGCCAGCCUUCCAGAAGGAGCUAGCACACCUGCCUUGGGUCUUUCCAACAAGGCUGUAUUUCAAGGCGACCUUGUCCCGAAGACUACUGAAGAAGAGGAACAGUUCAGCAGUAUAUCUGACCAAUACCAGGAGUCAUAUUUCCACCCGCUCAGCCUGACUGAGCCACCCCCAGAGGAUCAUCUCCUCCAGAAUACACUGUGGCCUGAGGUCCAGAAAUUGUAUGGUCAUGGAUUUGAGAUGUUCUGCCUCGCCUCUGACAGCACCAAGACGUUGGUUGCAUCAGCAUGCAAGGCAUCUAAAGCUGAACAUGCAGCUGUGCUGCUGUGGAGCACAGCCACGUGGCGUCAGCUGCAGACGUUGCCAUAUCACACCCUUACAGUCACCCAGAUGGCCUUUUCACCUGACGCAAAGUUCCUGUUGGCUGUUUCCAGAGAUCGCACCUGGUCGUUAUGGAGACGGAAGCUGCCAACACCAGAAAAUCCAGAGCCUUCGUUCUCAUUGUGCGCACACACAACCAAGGACACAGCCAUGCACAGCAGGAUCAUCUGGUCGUGCGACUGGAGCCCCGACAGCAAAUACUUUGUGACAUCCAGUCGGGACAAGAAGGUGAUCGUGUGGGGGCCAUGCAUGCUGGAGAACUCUGAAGAGCCAGUGUUUCCUCUGGAGAUCAAGCCAUGUUCCUCCAUCUUAGAUGUUGGGGAUUCUGCUACGGCUGUAGCCUUUUGUCCGUCCCUCUGUUCUGAUCGCAGCUACUUACUUGCAGUUGGUCUGGAGUGUGGACAAAUCCUGCUCUACAGGUGGAGACCCGGUCAAGUGGGGGUUUCAGGGAGUGACUGGAUUAGCGGUGGUGGGACAGACACCUUACAAAGCCACACACUGGCAGUGAAGCGGCUACGCUGGAGGCCGCGGGCCGGUCGGGUAGGUCUGGAGAACAGCGAGAUGGAUGGGCCGAGUGACACGGAGAGAAAACUCGAAGAGAAGAGCUCCUGGGUCCAGCUUGCUAGUGCCAGCGCAGACCACUCUGUCAAAAUCUUCAACAUCAACAAACAGGCUCUUUAGCACCGCCACCACUGACACUAUUAUGUCUGUUGCAAGUAGAGAGAGAGGCUUGGACUGAGGGCCAGAGGCCUGUGUGGGCCACACAGACCACAGCUGCUCUCUCCCAAACCAUUCAGUCCCUGUGACAGCAAGUUAGGCCAUGGGUCAGUCAAAGGACAGAACCUGCUGCACAAAAGCCCCAAAGUCUGUCUGCACAGAGCCAAACGGGUUUGAUGGGUGGAAGCAGGAGGGUUAAAACACCAGAACCGCAGGGUGGCAUUUGGUUUGGAUACUUUACUGAGAAGAAACCUUUGCUCUCUAUCUAGCGCAUGCCUAUGGAAAUAUUUGUGUUGGACUGAAUUCUUUAAGACGACAACUUUGUUAAAAAAUGAGCUUUUGUUAUUGCUUGUGAAUAUCUUUUUGUAUUGUCAUAAUUAGGUUUUCACCAAAUUAAGAGAAAUAAGAAUUGUUUAUUGGAUAAGUUUUGUGAUUAUUUAUUUAUUCAUUUUUUUUUACAUUUUCCUUCUGAAUUGUGUUCAGACUUGUAGCUCUACUUUCCAAGUCUGAAGUCAAGAAUUAUGUAAAAAAAAAAAAAAGAAAAGAAAAGAAAGCAAAUACAAGGCAGGCAAGCAAAUAGCCUAAAGUUUCAAAAGUUAUGCCAAACUUUUUCUUUUUAGGAGGAGAGAUUUCUAUAGUCACUGACUUGAUAUAAUCUCCUUCCUACAUUAGAUAACCUAAUAUUAAUUAGCAAUGUGGUCAACUGAUUUCAACUGCACUACACAAUAACUGGGAUCAAUUUAAACUGAAUUUGCUUGAAUCCUGUGAUGCACUAGUUGGUACCCCCACAACCCCGCAAGUAUAGGUUGGUAUAGACAAUAGAUGAGUUGAUAUCAGGACCAGGGUGACAUUAUGUGAUUGGAUUUUAUUGGAACAAAUUGACUAAAUUCAAUCUGGAUUCCAUAUGAAAUAUGAAGUGGCACCAUUGAGGGGGCUUCUGUUGCAAUGCAGCACAACAUAAAAAAAUUUUAAUUUAGCGAAUGCAGCUAGUGAUGACAUUAUGUACACAACAUAGAACUGGAGCCUCAAUGCAUAACGCCACAGCCAUGCAGGAAGAGAAUAACAGUAUUUAAAAAUAGUAGUCAAUUGGAUUGAAACUGAAAGGACGCAACAAAGACAGAAACAGUAAUGCCAAUGUUAUGAGACAUUAUUUUGAAAACAGUCUGACAUCAUCAGCUGUAAGCAUUUUUUUAUCUCCUCAUGCAGACAACAUUUUAUGAACUGUAUUUAACUAAUUGAUUUGUAUUAAAUAUGUAUUACCAAAGAUUCUGUUUAAUCACA